AAGAAACCAGAGAGAAUUGACUCGACCGAGAAGAGUAUCCGUCUCACAUCCAUCGUGAAUCAUCAAUACGAAGACACCCAACGCGACUAUCGCGACAAGUGCGGGGAAGAAGCAGCCAGAGGGAAAAAAGAUGGCGAUAUCAGAAUGUGGGGCAGUCGUUCUCUUUCUUUCUCAGCCGGACAACGCUUCGUUCGCAAUCUUCUUCCUCUUUCUGGCACUAAACUAAUUCCUGGGGAUCUCAUUUCUUGUCGUGUCUUCUCUCUCCUCUCUUCUUCUCGGGGAUAUCCGUUCCUUUAAGGCUCUAUCUCUUUGUAAUAGCCAAAGAAUUUCACAAUGGGUUCCGACGCUACUACUCCCAAGAUUCUCCUCCUUGGAAACAUCGACCACGCACACAAGUCCUGGGAAUCACUGGGCGAUCUCGCACAGUUGGUUACACCCACCGCAACCAAUCGCGCAGAGUUCCUGCAGGAAUGUCGCGAUGGCAAGUUCGACGGCGUGGUGGCUGCGUACCGUACUUUUAACUCGGCCAGCAUCACGGGUCUGGUCGAUGAAGAGGUGGUGAAUGCACUCCCUAGCUCUUUGCGCUUCCUUGCACACUGUGGAGCCGGGUAUGACCAAGUGGAUGUCCACGCCUGCAGUGCCCGUAACCCCCCAAUUCGCGUUUCCAACGUCCCCACAGCCGUGGACGACGCAACAGCCGACGUGAACAUGUUCCUGAUUAUCGGGGCUUUGCGUAACUUCAACACCGGUAUGCAGGCCCUGCGUGAGGGCAAGUGGCGCGGUCAGCCGGCACCCAUUCUCGGACACGAUCCCGAGGGCAAAGUCUUGGGUGUUUUGGGCAUGGGUGGCAUUGGACGGAAUCUCAAGAAGAAGGCCGAGGCGUUUGGCAUGAAGGUCAUCUACCACAACCGUCGGCAGUUGAGUGAGGACUUGGCUGCUGGAGCACAAUACGUGACCUUUGAUGAGUUGUUGUCGACCAGUGAUGUGAUCAGUCUGAACUUGCCAUUGAACAAAAACACCCGCCACAUCAUCAGCAAAAACGAAUUUAGCAAGAUGAAAGACGGCGUCGUUAUCGUCAACACCGCACGAGGCGCCGUCAUCGAUGAAGACGCCCUAGUCCAAGCCCUUGACAGCGGUAAGGUCUACUCAGCCGGUCUCGACGUCUUCGAGGAGGAGCCUAAGGUCCACCCCGGUUUGGUCCGCAACCCGAAUGUGAUGCUUGUUCCGCACAUGGGUACCUGGACAAGUGAGACCCAAACUGCCAUGGAAGAAUGGGCAAUUGAAAACGUGCGUCUUGCUCUUGAAGCCGGAAAGCUCAAGUCGCCUGUCCCUGAACAGGCUAAUCUGUAACGAACCUUCUUGUUAUGCUUGGAUAUAGUUUCUUUUCUCAAGGGCCUUGGUUAUUCAGUAUCAUGGGGGAAUACCCAUAUACAUAGGAUAAAAGAUAUAUACAUAGACUUCAUUCGAUCGAACAAAUGCGAAUCGCUUAUUCCUUCUACAAGACUAAGUACAUACAUUGA